AUGCAGAGAGUCUCUACACGGCAGACGAGCUGGCUAUCCAGGACACGGCCAAGACGGUACUGUCAGGAGCAGCUGGCCCCGAGAGUCCUAGGUGUGUUCCCUUUAACUGGCAGCAACAGCUGUAUUAUACUAAUGAAAUAUAUAGAGGCAUAUCGAAAUGAAGCCUACGACCCGGAGAUUCUGCGCGAGAUGGGCUCUCUGGGCCUGCUGGGCGCCACGAUCCAGGGCUACGGCUGCGCGGGCGUGUCGACGGUGGCCUCGGGCCUGAUCACCAAGGAAGUCGAGCGAGUCGACUCGGGCUUCCGCAGCGGCAUGUCCGUGCAGUCCAGCCUGAUCAUGACGGGCAUCCACGAGUUUGGAUCCGAGGAGCUGAAGCAGAGACUGCUCCCGCAGCUGGCCCAGGGUAAACUGCUAGGCUGCUUCGGCCUGACCGAGCCCAACCACGGCUCUGACCCAGGCAGCAUGGAGACCGUUGCCAGACCUCACCCUACCAAGAAAGGGUUCUACAGUCUCUCCGGCACCAAGACGUGGAUCACCAACUCGCCCAUCUCAGACGCCUUUUUGGUCUGGGCCAAACUCGACGGCAAGAUACGCGGGUUUGUGGUUGAGCGAGACCAGUGCCCCGAGGGAACGCUCAGGACGCCUGCUAUCAAGAACAAGACUGCCCUACGAGCUUCGAUCACGGGCAUGAUCCAGAUGGAUAACUGUCCUGUGCCAGAAACUAAUAUGUUUCCUGAAGUAACGGGCCUGGUGGGACCGUUUACCUGUCUGAACAGCGCCAGGCUGGGCAUCGCGUUUGGCACGAUGGGGGCGUUGGAGGAUUGUAUCAGCCGAGCACGAGAGUAUGCGCUGGAGAGGAAGCAGUUCAAGGGCAACCCGCUGGCCAAGUACCAGCUUGUGCAGAAGAAGCUGGCGGACGCAGCUACGGAUGCGGCGUACGGGACGCUGGCGGCGGUGCAGGUGGCCCGGCUGAAGGACGAGGGCAAGGCUGUGCCGGAGAUGAUAUCCAUGAUCAAGCGGCAGAACUGUGACCGGGCCCUGGCUGGCUCGCGGACGCUGCAGGAGAUCUUUGGCGGCAACGCUGCGAGUGACGAGUAUCAUAUUGGCAGACAUGUAGCCAACCUGUUCGUUACCCAGACCUACGAAGGCCAGAGUGAUAUCCACAGUAAGUCUUUAUAUCACUCUAUAUUACUCUAUAUUUACUAUCAUACAUGCUAA